AUGGACUCGUCGCCCUCGGCAGCCAGCAAGGCGCCGGAGCCUACCCUGCCCUCCACGGCAGGCGUAAAGCGCCCUGCACCUUCGCUUCUUCCUCCAUUUGAGCCUCUUUCCUCUUCCCCAGGAUUUCCGAGGCCCCAUAAACGGCAGGCUAGCGCAAAUGCUUUUCUCAAGUAUCCAACGCCAGUCCCAACCUCGAGCACUGGCCUCUUGUCGUCGAGUCCCCCACGCGUCAAAGCGCGUCCAGUGCCGAAACGAACCGAGUCGACGGCGUCUGAACGUGCUCCCCUUUCAGAUGUCCGAUCAGUCGAGGUGAAUGAGAACGGCGAGCCGCUCCUGAUGGGACGAUCGAGCAAUUCGUCCCACUUUCAGCUGUCGGCAAACCGUCUGAUCAGCAGAGUCCAUGUGAAGGCCAGGUAUAUCGCUGCCACCCAACCUCUCGAGCCCAACAAAAUCGAGAUCACUUGCACCGGCUGGAACGGUUUGAAGCUCCAUUGCCAAGGGCAGACGUGGGAUUUGGCAAAGGACGAAUCUUUUGUCUCGGAGUCUGAGGGUACAGCAAUCAUGAUUGAUGUUCAAGAUGCCAGGGUAUUUGUCCAGUGGCCGCGUCGGGAUAAGGAUCCGGAUGUGUUGGGCCACCUGAGCGAUUCCUCCUGGGACGAGUCCCCACGGCCGAGAAUGCCAAGGGGUGCUGACGCCUCAGAGCUGCAAGGGAGCCCACUGAGGCGGAGGACGCGCAUCUCAAGUCCCGAAUCUCCCACGCCGGCCAAUGUGUCCGCAUCGAAUUCGAGCCUCGACAGCGUGCUUCUGGGGAGCGGCAAUCACGACGACGCCGCAGUGCAGAUUUAUGAGGACGCCAGCGCAGACGAGAAGGAAUCGCCGAAACCAAGCAGUACCGCCAAGGUGGAACCCGAGCUGCCGUCUGAUGUUCUUGAGAGCUUUUCCAGCGACCUGAGUGAGCCCCAAUCAGACGUGGAGAACGAUCCCGACGAGGAGAAUGAUCCAAUUAUUCAUUCGUUUGGCCCAUUCGGAGCCAACCUUUCUGGCCGGCUUGCUUCCUUCUCAACACUCUCGCCAAUCAAACAACGUUCGGCUAGGAAUCCGUUGUCCGAGGUCUCGGCCGCUGCAUCUAGUGCUUCUUUUCAGCCGUCCCUCUCUCCAGACGCUAAGCUCGCCAAUACCAGCGACAAGACGGGCACAUCGGCCGCCACGCCGGCGUCAGCCAGUGGUCUGGAUCCCGAGAAGACGGCCAAAAUCACCAACCACGUAAUCAACCAACUUGCUUUUUCGCGACUCUCGUCGACCCCGCUUUCGACUAUUAUGAGCAACUUGCCCUCGGACGAGCGAAAUGACCUCUCCAAAGACCAAUUACGCAUCAUCAUCGAGUCGACAAAGUGCGUUGGUAUCAUCAGGCGACAGGGUAAAGACGCCGCUGGCAAGCCUCUUGAGAGCGAGUAUUAUUAUAUUCCCGAGCUCGACACGGACGAGCAGCGACGGCUGGCUGUCACUGACGGGCUGCGGAAGCCGAGCUUAAGAGCCUGCAGGAAGCAGCAUAAGCAAUACUACUGGAAGCGCCCACGUACCCCCUAA